AUGCUGUACCUACCGCGGUCCUCUUUGGCUCGCUCCAGUACUCGCGUCACCUUCGCCUCCUCUCGCUUUUCUUGUCCUGCUGUCAAGUACUUACUUUCAUCUUGCACCCGCUCAUCGUCCUCAUCGCCAUCGUCCAAAAAUGCCGGCGGGGGUGUCCCUGGAGACUUUGUGUGUCACUUGCGUGACGUUGGGAUGACCAUUCCAGGAGGCAAAAAACUCUUUCAACGCGUAAAUUUGGGCUUUCUGCAAGGAGCGAAGAUCGGUAUCUUGGGAGCCAAUGGCAGUGGCAAGUCGACGCUUUUGAAAAUUAUUGCCGGUGUCCGGAACGAUUUCGAUGGCGAUCGGUGGCUGAAAACAGGCGUGAAAAUGGGCUAUUUACCACAGGAACCCCAACUGGAUGACAGCAAGAAUGUGUAUGAAAACAUCAUGGACGGACUGAAAGAGAGCCAGGAGCUCUUGACAGCUUUUGACAAUGUGUCGAUGGCCAUGGGUGAACCAGAUGCGGAUCUGGAUGCUCUUUUGGCUCAACAGGCCACUCUACAGGACGAGAUCGAGCAGUUAAAUUGCUGGGACUUGGGCUAUGAAGUGGAGAAAGCCAUGGCGGCACUGAAAGUGCCAUCGAAAGAGACUGACGUGAAUGUGCUAUCAGGAGGUGAACGACGACGUGUGGCGCUGUGUCGAUUACUACUUGAGAAACCAGACAUGUUACUACUGGACGAACCAACCAACCACUUGGAUGCCGAGUCGGUGCACUGGUUGGAAGACUUUUUGCAAAAGUAUCGGGGUACGGUGCUGUCGAUCACGCACGAUCGCUACUUUCUGGAUAAUGUCGCUGGCUGGGUCUUGGAACUUGACAGAGGUGAGACGUACGCGUAUGAAGGCAAUUACACCACGUGGCUCACACAGCGUCGUAAUCGCUUGAAUAUGCAACGAAAGAGUGAUGUCAUCCGUGCAAAGCAAAUUGCAUCUGAGAUUGCCUGGGCACGGGAUCACCAGGGAAGUAAGAAGGCCAACAAAGCCCGUGUGAAGAAACUGCAAGAAAUGGAGUCCGGUGGCUUUCGAUCGUCGUCACGAAUCGAGGAAGGACAGAUUGUCGUGCCGUCGGGUGCUCGUCUGGGUAAAAAGGUGAUUAAGGUGAACAAUUUGCGUAAAUCACUGGACGAUGGCCGUGUGCUCUUCGACAAGCUCUCGUUUGAGAUUCCGCCUCAUGCGAUUGUCGGCAUUGUUGGAGGAAACGGAAUGGGAAAGUCUACGCUGCUCAAUGUCAUUGCGGGUACGGAAGAACCAGACACGGGUAGUAUUGAGCUAGGCAAGACAGUGAGCUUGGGCUUUGUAAGUCAGAGCCGCGACGAACUGAGCGGCAGACGGUCGGUUUAUGAGGAGAUCUCGGGUGACAAUGAGUUUGUGGAGAUUGGUGGAGAUCGCAUCAACACACGUGCAUACAUUGCAAGUUUCAAUCUGCGUGGUGCAAUGCAGGAAAAGAAGGUUGGCAGCCUAAGUGGAGGUGAGCGCAACCGUGUUCACCUUGCCAAAAUGCUCUUGGGUGGCCACAAUGUGGUGAUGCUGGAUGAGCCGACAAAUGACCUUGACGUUGACACGCUACGCUCACUUGAGACUGCUCUCACGGACUUUAGCGGCGUGUCCAUUGUGAUCUCCCACGACCGAUGGUUCCUGGACCGAAUUUGCUCCCAUAUUAUUGCAUUCAAGGGAGACGGUCGUGUUGAGUUCUUUGAUGGAAAUUACACUGAGUACGAGCGGGAGCAAAAGCGAAGUGUCAGUAGCUCGACAUGA